CCACUGAGAACACUGGGAACGACAAUAAAACAUAACAAAAUAUUAUGAGUCUAAUGACUGGAAAGUUUAUAUGCGGUGGUUUGCGUGCUAUAAAUUUCAAUUUACUUGUGUGUGGCUCUAGAAAUAAUCUAUUAAAGACCCGUUAUGGGCAAUUGUCUUAGAAGCCCGACAUCUGAUGAUAUUUCCUUGUUACACGAAGAACACGGAGCCCUAAAUUCGCGAGGGGAGCCUCCGCCACCGUAUCAGGAAGACCCUCCAUAUUCGUAUUAUAUACAAAGUCAAAGGGCUCCCCAUCUGCUGUCGGAGGAACAACAAAUACGACUAGCUCAGCGGCUUGGCUUAAUCCAACAUUUACCCGUUGGUAAAUAUGACGAAACGAAAAAGAAAAGAGAAUGUGCCAUAUGCAUGGUCGAUUUUGAAUUUGGUGAUGAAAUUCGAUUCCUUCCAUGUAUGCAUAUUUACCACAAAGAAUGUAUUGAUGAUUGGUUAAUCAGGUCAUUUACAUGUCCAUCCUGCAUGGAACCAGUGGAUGCAGCUUUGUUAUCCUCUUAUGAAACUGGAGAUUAAAGUCAUUUGUCUGAUUCAGCUCUUACUUGAGGUGCAAGAAUCUAAAGAAGCUUAAAGUUUAUAUUAUUUUGGAAAUGUAUAUAUGCUAGAUCAUGUUAAUUGAUAUUUAUAAAAGUCAUGGUAUAAUUGGGUUUUGAGCACAAUUGUGAAAGGACAUUGAAAUUUUCAGAUGAAGUGCCACCAUUGAUUCAUGAUAGUUUGCUAUUGUUGGUAGAAUUGUAUAGUGUAUACUAAUUACUUAUGCAAUUGAGAAUGAACACUCAUUGCUUAUGAUUUGAGAUGUUAAAAUUUUUUUUUACUUUGAAUUUAAGAUAGGAGUUUAAUUUUUAGAUGAUAAAGUUUUAUCUCUAAACAUCAGAACUGGGAAGUUAAUUGCAACAUUACCACAUAUGUAUCCAGUACUAUUGUAAAUAUUGUACUUCUUUUCUGUAUGUAACAGUCUUUGUAAAUAAUGGGGGACUUAAACGUUAAUUGUAGAGUACUCAUAAGUCAACAACUUGUUGCAAUGAAUGAGAUUAUCCUGGUAGAAGCGUUCAUUACAAAAGGUUGACUAUUCAACAUAGGAUUUGGAUCCAUUCAUUUAGAAAUGCUAAUUUAUAACACAAAAACAGCAAGGGAUUACAUAAGCAUGAAGCAAUUAUUGCUAAAUAAUAUAUUAAAUUAAACUUGUUAAAUUUUGAAGGUGUACUUCAAUUGUGUAGGUCAAUUUUGAACGACAUGCACUUACAUAAAACUUGUAUACAUUUAUUCAUUGUGUUUUGGCAUUACGUAAAUAAAAUUUUGAUGGUA